AGGGCUGUGGGGGUCAGGGCAGGGAGGAAAGGGGAUGGGAGCAGGCUCGGGAGCACAGCAGGUCCCUGUUCUGCCCCUUAACCCCCACACCCAGGCCUUCAACAACCUGGAGAACCUCAUCUUCGGGAAGGGAUUCCAGGCCAAAAUAUUCCCCGAGAUCCUCACCUGCCUGUUGCUGGCCCUGUUCGCCUCUGGCCUCAUCCACCGGGUCUGUGUGACCACCUGCCUCAUCUUCUCCAUGGUUGGCCUCUACUACAUCAACAAGAUCUCCUCCACCCUCUACCAGUCUGCAGCGCCCGUCGCUGCCCCCGCCAAGGCCGUGGGCAAGGGCAGGAAGAGGAAUUGACGUCCUGGUGCCCCUUCCCGGGGCAGCUCCCUCCCCGUGGCCACUCCGGGACUCGCCCCCACCCAAUAAAGCCAUUUCUUUGUA